AUCAGCACAGGGACCAACCGGGAGCUGGGAAAAGACGCGAAUGUGGACAGUUAUCCCCUCAACUGGUUCAUUCCGAAAUGGGGCAAAUCUUGUGAUGGCAUGAGUGGCCAGAGGUAUUCUCACAAGUACAAGACAUGCCCAGGCGGCAUGUGUGAUCACGACGACAUGACAGUGGGCGGAGUCAGGAAUGGAGUGACAGGGCAAAGGCGUGGCAAGGACGUGGCGCCAGAUGACGAAGCACACGUGAUUUUGCAUCAAGACUUCUACUCGCAGAGUGGUACCGAGACCAACGCCUGCACGUCAGAGACGUAUGUCCCCGAGGAGGACGAGCGGAGCCACGCGUUACACGUGCAGUCUGCCCGCACCGAGGCCGGGGGCGAUGACGUCAUCACUUCAGACGGUGACCUGCAGGAAAAUCCGGGACAUUUCCCCAUUGAGGACCAAGAGGAAGUCUGGAGACGCCAGGUCGACGUUGGGAAUCCUAGCCCACAAUACACGUGUACCGCGGCUGAGAAUUGCGCGGAGCACUGCCCAAACGCUCACAAAUAUGUGGGUGGUUCUUGCGCCGAGACGCGAGAGAGUUCCUCCAGAACGACGGACGCAUGGAGAUCUUCUCAACCCCGCGCUGUGACGUCAUCACUCCAACGCGGGAGUCCGGCUCCUCUGAUGAGCGCUCGAAGCAGUUUCGAUGGAGCCGAUAAGCACGGCCCAGACUGCUACCAGAUGCCGAUCGUAGGACAUCAGUCGGCAAGUGACCACAGUCUUAACGUCAGAGAUUCGCCAGGGUCAAAGAACAACGUUCGGACGAACGGGAUUCAUAGAAACUUUGAUCUUGACGUGAGCAGCAACGGCGGUGGUGGCGGGCGGGGCAACGCUGGCGCGGAUGGGCGUGUUCCAUCUGACAAUCGAGGCAGUCGGACGAGCUGGCGACAAAACUUACAAUGCUGCAGCGCAACCUCCAGCCCCGGGGAACCCAACUACUUCGAUGCUGGCUCAAGUCGUACGAGCAACAGCUACAGAAGUCACAGGAAAUCAGGAAAGAAUACGGGACCCCAGUACGUAAUGUAUAUGCCUGACACGGAAAAAGACAUAAGUAAGAAAAAGAAAAAGGUUCGAAAAAACAAACAGCAGCAACUGCAGAACCACGGUACUGCUGACACUGACAAUAAUAUGGCAAAAUAUUCGCCACUGCUCUCUAUGGCCUGCAACAAAGACUAUAACGUUGGAAAAUGCACCGAAAACGGUGUCAAAUCAGGUCCACGUGGGACUUGCUUGUCUGCGCAUACCUCUCGGCCCCCUUCCCAGAAGCCGAACCACGGCACCGCUCCCGAUAGUCCCUCCUCCACACCCAUACCUGAGUCGCAGCACUUGCCCAAGUGUUCAGAAGAGAAAUCCCUAGCUCCACGAGGAGCACCACCUUCAGAAAAAACGCAGCCUCGGGCUUGCAAAAAAGGCGAAUCUACUUCCUUUUCCGGUAAAACGCCUGACGGUAAGCAGCAACACGGGAAAAAGAAAUCCUCGCGCACGGCCUCAAAAGGUAAUGCAUCACACCAAAGUUUGCCUCACAAGCACGCCAUGGUCGACAAAAGCGUCCAUAUGCGAUAUUUCCAACAGUCUAUGGCCGACGGGAAAACGUACGUGUGCAAAUCCAACUCUCUCGUUGAGCUCAGUCAAGCCCAGAUGGAAGAUGUCCGAGCUUUAGAGAGUGCAGGACCCACCAAGCGACGCAGCCUUACGCCAAAGCAAGAGGAGUACAUGCUCUUCCAUGGUGAAAGAGGCAACUGUCUCCUUCACAGCUACCACCAGCAGCACUACAGACAUCGCAGCGACUCGCGACCUGUGUACCCAGAACACGGUCAGUACGACAGCGAUCUGCAUUUCCCCCCGUUACUCAGCCUCGAGAAAUACUUGGAAGGCGGGAAAAAUACGACCGGCCCGAAAUUCGAGGAAGACUUCACUGAUAUCGUUUUAAUAGAGAACCGUAGUGGAGCAAAUAAACUGAGAACUGAAUCACGUGACUGGCAGGAGGCGUGUGAUGAAGAAACCGGAGUUUUGUUGGCGGAGGAUAGUGAAGAGGACAAGAACCGCGAUUCUCUUUCUUCUGCUAAAAACUCUGGUGACCUUGAAAGCGGUUUUCAUUCACAAGCUUAGGUUUCCCACGCCUGUCCUACUGUGUCAAAAGAGUUCCAGCCGCCUGUCUUGAUUACUGCAGAAGGGCGAUUUCUCACAUCUUUUUUAUGACGGAUCAAGCGUGAAAAGGGAUUCCAAAUACAUGCACUGUGCGUUAACCAAGUAGAUGGAACAACUUCGGUGAUCUCAUACCAACAGUAACCGCGUCACUGCCAGAACUAUUGUAUUGUCCUAUCUAAGAGUUUCUACAGUCUUGGGCGAUGCAGUAAAAGGGUUAACUUAGGUCCAGAAUAAUAUUGUGCUCUGCAUUUUGUUGGUUUCAGAUGUUAACUCGCUGGAUCUGGAGUUCUGCCCACAAAAUAGUUCAUGAUACAAGUAAAUGUAUAGUAGGACGGUAGCUAAACCAAACCAAAUAAAUGGAACCUGCCGCUGUUUAAGAUGGGCUGUGGAAAAGAUAUGACUCUUCUUUGGAUGUCGUAAAGGGAGAAAACUGGUUGUUUUUGUCUGAGAGUUUAUUAAAAAUUCAUAGCUCGGCCUUGCACGGCUGACAAUGUUCCCGUAUUUUCAUUGUACAUUCCCGCCUAACCACAGAAUUUUGCGUCAACUGUGUUGUUUUACAAAUCAUUUGAGGUCUCUUUUUUAGACUUUAUUUUGUCUUAUUUUAUUUUUAUUUUACAUGGUAUCAGCCUGCCUGCAAGCUAAUGCCUCCGACCGCGUUUCAGUUUUUCUGGUUGAAAACCAAUCCGUUUUAUUUCACUCCUUUACCGGGUUUGUGUACCCUUGAUUUGCUCCACGUUCAUUGUAUAUUUAGCUACUUUGUCUACAUAUUAUUAUGUUGAAAAACAGAUAUAAUAUAAAUGUCUUAUAUUGUACAGAUUACAUACAAAAGAUAAUAUACAGAUGUGUUGAAAUAUAUCGGCCCUUUCAUUAUCAACCUCAGUUGUGUAACAGUUGAGUGCUCUGUCUUAUUUGCAAAAGACAUAGAGUUCAAAUCCCUCGUAGGGGAAGCUGAUUUGUCGUGUUUGUUUUCAUGUUAAGGUGUCUUAAGCCCGAUUUUCCUUUCAUGGAAGAAGCACCUCUUUCAGUGCGCUAUAUCGUUUUCGAAAAUGGGUUUUAGGGAUGGACUGCAGUGCGAGAGUAGCAAGUGUUAUGCCUUCAAAGCGAGCUUCUUUGAGUCCCUUGGAGUUAAACAUUUAUACAGAAAAGAUUGUUUUCUAUGAUGUUACAGAAUGUUGAAUCGCACAUGUUUGGGUAUGUUGGAUGUAUGUUUCUAUUAUUGUUUUGUUUGGUUUGCUUUGCUUUGGUUUGGUUUUGUUCGGUUUUUCGUUUUGUUUUGUUUUAGGGUAAGG